CCAGGAAGAACCCUGUAAUCUGUGCAGGACUGUCCUUCGUAGCUUUGUGAGGUGUGGUUCACAUUACCUGCAAAAACAUACACAAGAUAUAUUCAGUCUGAACAGGGAUGGCCCACCUGCAGAGGCCCAGGGUGCGACAGAGGCAGCCGCUGACCAGGGGGAGGUUUCUGGUGUGUCCAGAGGCCCAACGCACCUUCACCGUGACCCCGCAGCCCAGCCCCGCCCACAGCGACGUCUCCUGCAGCGCCACCAGCUGGACGGGCAGGAAGGAGCCGAGGGGGAGGGAGCGGGGGAGGGGCAGUUCGCUGAGGGAGCAGCUGGCUGAGAGCGAGCGGCACAUCGGCAGACUGCAGGACACACUGAGACACGAGCGCGAGAAGUGCAUGCGGCUGCAGUCCCGCAGCACGCAGCAGGCGGUGGACCUGCGGCGCCGGGAGCAGCAGGCCGUGCGGCUGAAGGAGAGACUGGGACAGCUGGCGGAUGGACACCGGGGCCGGAGAUCCUCGAUUGACAUUUUGAACGCCCUGCCAAGGACACCUGGGAAGGACACCCCCUCCAGAAUGAGAGCAAACGGAAGGAGGGAGGAGGAGGUGUUGAAGUUGAUGCUGGAGAGGCGGGAGGUGGAGCUGAGGGAGGCAAUGCAGCUGAGGCAGUGCCUCACCACUCUGCUCUGCUCGCUGCGGGCGGACAUGGAGAGGACUCUGCAAGACUGUAUGGUGGCUGGGAGUCAAGGGCCUGACUGCAAGAGGCUCAUCCAAUCGGAGGAAGCGUUGGGUGAUCAUGUGACAGGGGGCAUUGUGCAAGGGUGGAACAAGGUGCAGAAGAGACUUGCGGAGUUCAUCUCUGAAGGCUUUUCCUCAGUCACCUUGGGAACGGACCAAGAGAAGCUACUGGCUCAGCUGGAGACAGACCUGGAGAAAAGCAAGCAGCUGGUCAGGCUGCAGCAGCAGCUUCUACAGGACAAUGUCGGUGCCCCUCUUCCACAUUCCCUUGCCGAUUCCUACUAUUUAGAAGAGUGGGAGAGGCUUCAGGCCAAGAGGGUGGAGUUUGAGAGCCAAAGGCGGAGCUUCCAGAGGGAGAGGCAGGCGUUCACGGAGGCUGCCAUCAGACUGGGCCACGAGCGCCGUCAGUUUGAGCAGCAGAAGGCCUCGCUCCUGCGACAGCAGUUCCUGUGUCACUCCCCUCUUUUACCAUCGUCACGCAGCAGAAGAGACAGCAGCGCACUGAACAUCUCGGGUUCCGAUCACAUGACCUACUCCAGCUGUCGGCCGGACUCGCCCUCAUCCCUGGAGUCGGGCAUCGCGCAUUGGGCUGGACAAGGCGGGGUGCGGACCCCCAGCACCCCCGAGCUCUACUCCGCGCUGAGAAUCCCCUUUCGCCGCAGGAGUUCGAUGGAAAGCCCGUCUAGGGGGGGCGGCUGGGAGGCCAGGCCUGACGGAAUCCUAAACCCGCUGACGGUCUUGGACUGGUCGUUUUAGGCCACCUUGCACCUGCAAUGUGUGUUCUGUUUUUUUUCUUCUUUUUACA